CGCCUCGCCCUCCUCCCGCGCCCGCUCUGCUCUAGGAUGCUGCGGCAGGUUCUGCACAGGGGCUUGAGGACGUGUUUCUCCCGGCUCGGCCACUUCAUUGCCAGUCACCCGGUCUUCUUCGCCUCGGCGCCGGUGCUCAUCUCCAUCCUGCUCGGCGCCAGCUUCAGCCGCUACCAGGUCGAAGAAAGCGUGGAGCACCUGCUGGCGCCCCAGCACAGCCUAGCCAAGAUCGAGCGCAACCUCGUCAACAGCCUCUUCCCGGUCAACCGCUCCAAGCACCGGCUCUACUCGGACCUGCAGACCCCUGGGCGCUACGGCCGGGUCAUCGUCACCUCCUUCCAGAAAGCCAACAUGCUGGACCAGCAUCACACCGACCUGAUCUUAAAGUUGCAUGCUGCUGUGACCAAGAUCCAGGUUCCAAGGCCUGGUUUUAAUUACACGUUUGCCCACAUAUGUAUCCUGAAUAAUGAUAAGACUUGCAUCGUGGAUGACAUAGUACAUGUCCUGGAAGAGUUAAAGAAUGCUCGGGCUACAAAUCGGACCAAUUUUGCUAUCACAUACCCGAUCACCCACUUAAAGGACGGUAGGGCCGUAUACAAUGGGCACCAGCUUGGGGGCGUCACUGUGCACAGCAAGGAUCGGGUGAAAUCUGCAGAGGCCAUUCAGCUCACCUAUUACCUGCAGUCAAUCAACAGUCUCAAUGACAUGGUGGCUGAGAGGUGGGAGUCCAGCUUCUGCGACACUGUCAAACUGUUCCAGAAAUACAACAGUAAAGUCAAAAUGUACCCUUACACAUCCUCGUCACUGAGGGAAGAUUUCCAGAAGACCAGCCGUGUGUCAGAACGUUACCUGGUCACCAGCCUGAUCCUGGUAGUCACCAUGGCCAUCCUCUGCUGCUCUAUGCAGGACUGCGUCCGCAGCAAACCCUGGCUAGGCCUGCUUGGGUUGGUAACCAUAAGCCUAGCCACUCUCACUGCAGCUGGGAUCAUCAAUCUUACUGGUGGGAAAUACAAUUCCACCUUCCUGGGAGUCCCUUUCGUCAUGCUAGGUCAUGGACUAUAUGGGACUUUUGAAAUGUUAUCCUCCUGGAGGAAAACUAGAGAAGACCAACAUGUUAAGGAGCGAACUGCAGCAGUCUAUGCAGACUCCAUGCUCUCCUUUUCUCUCACCACUGCCAUGUACCUGGUCACCUUUGGCAUAGGGGCCAGUCCUUUCACAAACAUUGAGGCAGCCAGGAUUUUCUGCUGCAAUUCCUGUAUUGCAAUCUUCUUCAACUACCUCUAUGUACUCUCGUUUUAUGGUUCCAGCCUGGUGUUCACUGGCUACAUAGAAAACAAUUACCAGCAUAGUAUCUUCUGUAGAAAAGUCCCAAAGCCUGAGGUAUUGCAGGAGAAGCCGGCAUGGUACAGGUUUCUCCUGACAGCCAGAUUCAGUGAAGAAACAGCUGAAGGAGAGGAAGCGAACACUUACGAGAGUCACCUAUUGGUAUGUUUCCUCAAACGCUAUUACUGUGACUGGAUAACCAACACCUAUGUCAAGCCUUUUGUAGUUCUCUUUUACCUUAUUUAUAUUUCCUUUGCCUUAAUGGGCUAUCUGCAGGUCAGCGAAGGGUCAGACCUUAGUAACAUCGUAGCAACUGCGACACAAACCAUUGAGUAUACUACUGCCCAGCAAAAGUACUUUAGCAACUACAGUCCUGUGAUUGGGUUUUACAUAUAUGAGUCCAUAGAAUACUGGAACACUAGUGUCCAGGAAGACGUUCUAGAAUAUACCAAGGGGUUUGUGCGGAUAUCCUGGUUUGAAAGCUACUUAAAUUACCUUCGGAAACUCAAUGUAUCCACUGGCUUGACUAAGAAAAAUUUCACAGACAUGUUGAGGAAUUCCUUCUUGAAAGCCCCCCAAUUUUCGCAUUUUCAAGAGGACAUCAUCUUCUCUAAAAAGUACAAUGAUGAAGUUGAUGUUGUGGCCUCCAGAAUGUUUUUGGUGGCCAAGACCAUGGAAACAAACAGAGAAGAACUCUAUGAUCUCUUGGAGACCCUGAGGAGACUUUCAGUCACCUCCAAAGUGAAGUUCAUCGUCUUUAAUCCAUCUUUUGUGUACAUGGAUCGAUAUGCCUCCUCUCUGGGAGCCCCCCUGCACAACUCCUGCAUCAGUGCUUUGUUCCUGCUCUUCUUCUCGGCAUUCCUGGUGGCAGAUUCUCUGAUUAAUGUCUGGAUAACUCUAACAGUUGUGUCUGUGGAGUUUGGAGUGAUAGGUUUCAUGACAUUAUGGAAGGUAGAACUGGACUGCAUUUCCGUGCUAUGCUUAAUCUAUGGAAUUAACUACACAAUUGACAAUUGUGCUCCACUGUUAUCCACAUUUGUUCUGGGCAAGGAUUUCACAAGAACUAAAUGGGUAAAAAAUGCCCUAGAAAUACAUGGGGUAGCUAUUUUACAGAGUUACCUCUGCUAUAUUGUUGGUCUGAUUCCUCUUGCAGCUGUGCCUUCAAAUCUGACCUGUACACUGUUCAGGUGCUUGUUUUUAAUAGCAUUUGUCACCUUCUUUCACUGCUUUGCCAUUUUACCUGUGAUACUGACUUUCCUGCCACCCUCUAAGAAAAAAAGGAAAGAGAAGAAAAAUCCUGAAAACCGGGAGGAAAUUGAGUGUGUAGAAAUGGUGGAUAUCGAUAGUACCCGAGUGGUUGACCAAAUUACAACAGUGUGAUAGUGUCUGUUUGGUAUAUUUUCACCCUAGGUCUUAUCAAGAGCAAAGAGAUUGUGUUAAUGAAACAAUUAAAUUCAAAGUUGUUCCCAUUUUUAAGGACAAGAAACAGGCAUUGCAAAAAAAAGUAUAAAGGACAAGGGGGGUAAUGGGUAUGGCAUAUUUUCAAUCUUUAAAACAAAAGGGUUGUAAUAAGAAAGAAUUUAAACACACAUAUUCUCUCUCUCUCUCUCUCUCUCUCUCUCUCUCACACACACACACACACACACACACACACACACACACACAUACACACACACCCUCAGAGACUUAGAGAUUCUUAAGCUAAGAUGAAAUAGAAGAAAGCUUAUUAAUGAGCAGGAUCCUGUUUUAUCCACUCUGCAGAUGUCGCUAGUAUUGUGAUAAAAGCAACUGAUUGAAAGGUCAGCUGCCAAGGCAGAAAUAGCUUCAAGCAUUAUCUAAACAAUGCUUCCAAAAACUUGUGCAGAGCAGUACUUCUCACCAGGGUCUAUGGUUUGAGGUCUUGGCUGUCUCAACUGGAUCCCCAGCACCUAAGGAGAUGCUUGUGAAAGUUCUGACCAGCAAAAGCAAGCCAGAGCCUUGGAAGCAGACAUGGUAGUGACCAUCACUCAUAAACUGAAAUUGAAUCACACUUAAAAAUCAUCUGGAUGAGGCACUUUGGUUGUCUAGAAUUAAUUUAUCAUAUUACCCCAAUGAUACACUUUUAAUAUUUGUAUAUUUUGUUUAAUACACCUGAAAACCAAUGAUAACUCCAGCAUCAUAGAAUUGGGACAAUUCUAUUUUGGAAUAUUUUGUCACUUGUCACCAAAUGGGUCUGCUCUAUUAGUUACAGAUUUUGGCAGGGGGGCUAUGGGGACAUAAAACCACAGAGCCAAACUCAAAUACCUGGCAUGAUGAGAAAAAGUGGGUGGCUACUGGAACCUAGAGACAGUAUCUUCAUUUUAAUAACAAAAAUAUAUAGCCAUCUGGUACAGCUGUUUGUAGUUUGGCCCUAUAUGCAUUUUUGCAUGGAUACCCAGAAACAACAUCUGCCCACAUAUAGCUAAGGAAAGAAAAACAAACACAGGAAUGGUUAUCUACCAUAGCUUCCAAUUUACAGUAACAGUCUGCCUUUGCUAUGAGACACGACUUCUCAGAGACAUAGAGGGGAGGGAAGAUCUUCCGUAAUCCUAAAGUCUAACACUGAAAAACUUUGUAGAAGUGCAGGGAGAUAAAGGGACAAAAGGAAAACAGAUGGAAAUUACUGGAAAAGCGAUCAUUGAUACAAGUCUAUCAGUGACAGCAGUCAAAUUUGUCUACUAACUGGCCAUACCUCACCUCUCUGGUUCCCCCAACACACCAUUUUUACUGCACCUCUACUUCAUCAUCAGGCCCUUCUAUGCAUUUACAAGCCCAGAUAUUUACAUGGUUAACUUAUAGUAUCUAUAAGAGAAACGGUUCAUAGAUUUAAACAGAAAUGGUUUGACCUGAAGAGGAUGUGUAUGCUGCCCCAGACCCCUAAAUUUUUUCAAUCUAUAAAACUGAAGCUAAAACCAAGUUACAUUUGAGGCAAACUUCCACAGUAUUUUUCCCUUUUAGAGAUGUAGCUUCUUCAGAUAUUUAUAGUGGUAAGUAUUUCCCCAAAGCAUCUUACCUUUCUGAACUUUAGCAGACAUGCUGUGCAAAUUCCUCAUCCUCCACAGAGGGGGAAACUGAGACUUAGAAGAACAAAGUAACUCACCCAGGUCAUACCCUAGAGGAUUUCCUCAUUUCAGCAUGCUGAAGACAGGAAGAUCAAUUUUAGGUUUACUCCUAAGACAGCUUUAUCCCCCCGCCCCCUUGAAAUACAUUUCUAAGAUAGAACAUAGGACUUUGUUGGCCAUAAGGCAGAUAUUUUUUAAUGUUUUAGAUUUAGGUUUACCAUUGUCUCUCUAAAUAGCCAAAAAAGAAAAAAAAAAGCAAGCCCAAAUGAUUCACAUGUAACAAUACCACGUUGAAACCUGUGCUUUCUGUUUCAUGUACUGUUCUCCAUACAGUUCCAAAUACUGUGCAAGGGAUCGUAGCUAGUGUAUUACACACUUGUUCAGUCUCCCCUGCAGACACACUAAGUGAUCAUACCAAUGUGUUAUACACUCAACAAGAAGAUAAUGAGCUUUAAUCUGAGGACAAGUACAGUCCUCACAAAGGGCAAGUUUGCAUUUGCAUAACAGAUCUUCAAUCAAUUCUCUCUCCUAGGGGCCUGCAACUGGGCUAUUAUUUAUAAAACACAACUGAAGAGGGAAUUGGUUUUAUUCUUAAAUCACAUGUUGCUAAAUCAUUUUCUGAACAGUGUGUUCUAAAUCAGCCAUUGAUUUAGUGUCAGCCACAUGGAGCACCACAGCUUAAAGUGACUCCACAAAACUGACACAACACACACAACAAUUAAGUGGAUUUUGUUCAGAAUUUAAUCAUUCAAUUUGGUCAACCAGAACGACUUACUAUGGAACUUUGGUUUAUGACAGAUAGUAGUUUUCCAACUUGAUUGAGUCUCUGUAUACCCUAGAAUAUUGUAUUUUUUAAUGAAGGGCAUUUUCAAACUUGUCAACUUCUCUUUUCAGCACUUGAAAUCAAGGCUUAUGAAAUUCUGACUGUGAAAUGAAUUUUUUCUAUUGGGGGACUAUGCAUGCCAAGAUUUGUUAUUUAUUAUUAGAUAAUUAUUAUUUGUUAAUAUUGACUACUGAUUAUUGCUCUGACAGCAUUGGUUUAGCCUCACCAUGGAGAAGACACUUUAGAAGUAUCUCAAAAUCACAUUUCCAUAAAAUUUAAGUCUUUACAUCAUGAAGUUUUAUUUUUGAAUUGCUACAAAGAGAGAAGGAAUUAUUCCAGCAAA